UCAUUUAUAUGGUUCAUGUUCGAUCGAUAUCUCUCUCCAAUAUUUAAUUAUUAAAUAUUAUUAUUAAUUAAUCGUCGUUUCGUUUUAUUAAAAUAUAUCAACAAUGAGAACGAAGAGAAAAAAAUCUUGCUUUUCAUUGGUUCUUCGGAUCAAGGUCUUACGCUAGUAAUAACACUGUUAUACAGAGGCAUAAUCAGUAAUAGCUUGAAUACCACGUGUGUGUAAUAUCUCGUUUGAAUUUAGGAUAGUCUUGUAAACGAAUGUAAGAUAUCUUUGUGAAAUAUGACAACGUUUAAAAUACAUAACGUUAGAUUUUACGAUCUGGAACCUAAGUCCGCUACUUGUUUGUGUCACGAACCAAAAACGAAGAAGUUAGCACUUGCUAGAAACGAUAAUUCGAUAGAGGUAUGGAAUGUUGGGAAUGCUCCGUUCGUCGAGUGUACAAUCCCUGGUCAUUCUGAAAAUUCUGUGGAAAGCAUUCUUUGGAUCGGUUCGAGACUUUUCUCGACUGGUCUUCAUGGUCUAAUCGUGGAAUACAAUUUAAUUACGUUGGGAAUUAAAUAUAAGGUAGCAGUUACAGGUGGAGCAGCAUGGUGCAUGGACGUUAAUCAACAAAAAACGCUUAUUGCCGUUGGUACAGAGGAUGGAUACAUCAAUACGUUUUCUAUCGCGGAAGAUACGUUAAUUUACGAACGGAUAUUUGACAAACAAAAAGGGAGAAUUCUAUGCAUUAAAUGGGAUAAUACAGGAGAAAUGAUAUAUACAGGAUCCACGGAUACCGUAAGAGUUUGGAGCGCCGUUUCAGGUCACGCGAUUCAUAAAAUGACCACGUCUAGAACGGAAGCAAAGAAAGAAACUAUCGUAUGGUGUCUCGCAGUGACAGACGAUAAUUUAAUUAUUUCUGGCGACUCUCGUGGUUAUUUGUCCUUUUGGGAUCCUCAUAUGGGCACUUUAAUCGAGUCUCACGAAAGUCAUACUGCCGAUAUAUUGGCGGUCACUUUGUCUCACGAAAAAAAUGUUGUCUAUUGCGCGGGAGUUGACCCUGUCGUACGAAGUUUCUGUAAAGUUACUUUAAAAUCUAGCGGAAAACCACAAUGGGUAAAGGGUAUCGAAAGGAGAUUACAUUCUCACGACGUUAGAGCGUUGGUAGAGGCAGAUGGUAAAUUAUACUCUGCUGGAGUAGACGGAUAUUUAGCUCAAUCGAGUUAUCCUCCUAAGAUAUUAGUGAAAUAUCCACCUUUGCUUCAGCCACCUUCCGUUAUCUUAUGCAAAAGAUCUAGAUGUGUAUUGUUAUGUUAUACCAAUUAUCUCGAAUUGUGGAGACUCGGAUCGUCGGUGAAAACUUCUUCGGAAUCUGUAAAAGUAGGCAUGUUACACCAAUUGGAUGAAGAACCUAUGAAAUUAUUAGAACUUAGAACAAAAGGGGUUGAAAGUAUUUUAUCUUGUGCCAUUAGUAAAGAUUCCAAAACUAUUGUGUAUUCCACGGAUACUCAUGUCAGAGUAUUCAAUUUUGACGUAGUAGAGGGAGACGCUCUGUUGUCAAGAAACGAUACCGAUAUAUCUGCGAACAGAAUACAGAAAAUGUUGUUCAGUCCAAACGGUAAACUAUUAGUGACGAUAAACAACGAUGGAAAGGAGAACGUAGUAACGCUAUACAAAUUGAAUAAGAAAAGUUUGAGGCACAUUGGAUCGUUCCAAACGACGAAUGAAUCUAUCGUAAAUGUCAGUCUCGUAUGCUUUUCACCGGAUAGCAAGUAUUUAAUAUGUGCCGAUCGUCAAAGCAGUAUUGCAAUAUACAAAGUCGAUGGAGAUCUUACGCGAGAAUCUCUUCAGCCGUGGCAGCUACCCAAGUACAGUUGCCCGCCGACAGCUAUGGCCGUACAAAAAAGUACUCUAAAUCUCGUCGUCGUAUAUUCCGAUCAUAAGAUCGUCGAGUAUAAUAUACCCAGAAAACAGUACACUCAAUUUUCAAAUAACUUGCAAAGUCGUAUUCCGAAACAAUGGUUGGCACGUCCGUUUCCGAUAAUAAAUAUUUGUUUUGAUUCAUACAACGAGAACAUUAUAAUAAUGCAUGAUGAUUCUACCGUAUAUAUCAUAAAUAAAGCAAAUGAAUUGCCAGAAAAAGAAGCGAAAAUACCAAAAUGUGAAAAUGGCGAUAUCACGGAAGAUAGCAGCUCUGCUUUAAGUUUGCAAUCGCAACAUGCUUUCAAAGUUGCCAAAAAAUACAAGCACCUUGUCUAUUUGAACUGGUUGAACAACGAAGAAAUGGUCGCGGUCGAAGUGAAUCCAAUCGCAUUAACGGAGAAAUUACCACCCACGUUAAAACAGAAGUGGUUCAGCGUGUAAACAGGAAAGAAAUCGACGAGACCCUUCGAAAUAGUACAAUUGAAAACAUCGUUUUUAUAAGGUUUUUUAACGUUUUAAAAUGCAUUUUCAAAUUAAA